AUGUUGCGCACUGUAAAGCCAAAGAAUGCAAGGGUUAAGAGAGCUAUGAAAGAGCGGGAACCACACGCCCACGAGAAUCCAAAGACGGCGCUCUUCAUCAAAACACAGACAACGUCUGCUAUACUCACUGAGGCGAUGAGCGAUCUUUACAGUCUCAAGAAACCACACGGCAUUACUUUCAAUAAGAAGAAUCAGCUUCAGCCGUUUGAGGACAGCUCGAGCUUGGAGUUCUGGUCGAAUAAGAACGACGCUUCUUUGCUUCUUGUUGGAUCUCAUCAGAAGAAGAGACCACAUAAUCUUAUCUUUACGAGAACGUUUAACUAUCAGUUGUUCGAUAUGUUGGAAAUGGGUGUCGAGAAUUUCAAAUCGAUGAAAAGUUUCAACAUUAAUAACCAAGUAAACGUUGGUAUGAAACCGCUGUUCAACUUUACGGGUGAGUUGUUUGAUACUCACCCAAAGUACCAGCAGUUCAAGAAUGUCAUGCUUGAUUUCUUCAGAGGCGAGACAAUUUCUUCCAUCUCUCUCGCUGGUUUGUCGCAUGUGAUUAGCUGUACUGUCGGCGAGCAAGCCAAUGAAGAGGAUACACCGCCUGUGCAGUUCAGAGUAUAUUCGAUUCAGUUAUUGAAGAGCGGUACGCGGACACCGCGUGUAGAGUUAGUCGAGAUGGGUCCAUCGAUGGAUCUCACGCCUAGGAGAACCCAAGAACCAGAUUCAUCACUCGAGAAGGAGGCAUACAGGAAACCUAAGCCGGUCAAUGUUCCUAAGAAGAGGAAGAACGUUGAGGUGGACGAGAUGGGUGACAAAGUUGGCAGAAUACACAUGGAGAAGCAAGACUUGUCUAAGCUACAGACUAGAAAGGUCAGAGCACUCAAGGCUGACGAUUAG